GAACCGGAAGUGCUGCUCUUGGACCGCAGCGCGGAGAUUGAUUCACCUUCACCUGGGCAGAGCCCCAGCAGAACCGAAUAGGAGCGGUAAAACAUGAACGGAAGAGUGGAUUACUUGAUCACCGAGGAGGAAAUCAACCUUACCAGAGGACCCUCAGGGCUGGGCUUCAACAUCGUCGGUGGGACAGAUCAACAGUAUGUCUCCAAUGACAGUGGGAUCUACGUCAGCCGCAUCAAAGAGAAUGGGGCUGCAGCCCUGGAUGGGCGGCUCCAGGAGGGUGAUAAGAUCCUCUCGGUAAAUGGCCAGGACCUAAAGAACCUCCUGCAUCAGGAUGCUGUAGACCUCUUUCGUAAUGCAGGCUAUGCUGUGUCCCUGAGAGUACAGCACAGGUUACAGGUGCAGAAUGGACCUCUUGCACAUCGAGGUGAAGGGGAGCCAAGUGGCAUUCCCAUGGCUAUGGUUCUGGUGCCAGUGUUUGCCCUCACCAUGGUGGCAGCCUGGGCUUUCAUGAGAUACCGGCAGCAGCUAUGAAAAGUUUGCUUUCCUCCAGUGCUCCCAUUGAAGAUACAUUUCUCUGGCCCUCCUCCACUACCAUUCUACCAUAUCUUUCUCUCUCUCUACGUAGCCAACACAUGAUUUAAAGUGACCAAUGCCCACCCAUAACUUUGCGGUUCAAAAUCGCCAAAUAUUCAUAUUUUAAUGGGAGAGUAAAGAUAUUUUUUGAAGGAAAGCUGAACAAAUAUUGCUUAGAGCAAAAGAAGAGAUACAUAUUUCAUUAGGCCUUCUAAUAGAAAUGUCAGCUGCCAUCCAAAGAGAGAGAGGUCCUGACUUCCUGUCACCAUGGGUGAUACUUUAUUUCUAAGCUGGCAUGCCUCAAAGACCAGCUGUAUGAUAUGAGAGGAAGAAAGGAAUUUUCUUUAUAAUGAUCUUCCUAGGGAAAUUUUUGUGGCCUUUAUUUAAUUUCUAACUACAUACCUGGGUGCCUAUAUUAAACAAAGAAGAGUGAAAAGAGCAUUUUUACUUUUUUUUUACAAGGUAAAUACAUAUAUAAAGUACACAUACAGAUACAUGUAUGAUAGUGUAGUAGUAAUGCCUUAUGAAGAACUGAAGAGGUGAGGUAGUUGCUCUGGUUUCAAGGUUUCUGAUCUAAGGCAUGACCUUAAUUGAAGAAUUUAAAGAGAUAUUUGUAAGCAUGUAUAGUGGGAACCAGGGAGUGAGCCUUAAAAGAGAAUGCCCAGUCCAGGGCACUAAAAUACUCACUCAACCAAUUAAAGUUCUUGGAAGGACAAAAUUUCUUCUCCUAAUAGCUGUGGUGAAACUGAGGCAAAUUUCCAUAAUCCAGUUCUCAACUCAAUCUUUAAAAAAAAACCUUUCAGGUAUAAAGAUAAAUAACAGUAGUGAAGAUAAAUACGGAACCCUCGGGCUUCACUUUUGACAUUUGUGGUACCUCACAGGGCUGUGAAAGUGUCAGCUGGAAUGAUUGUGGUCAGGGCUGUGACAAUAGGGCCAAAGCAACCCAGCAAGAAAACUCUCGAAGGACAAAAGACAGUGCCUCCCAGGGUAGCACCUGAACCCUCUCAAGCUAGUUACCAUGUUUUUAAAUUUCUAGUACUAGGCAAAAUUUGUAAGAAGGAACUGCAUCUCGGCCAGGAGGGGCAUGAAAUCAACUCUGUUUCUAAUUGAGUUACAGUGGAAGGGCCUUACUGCUAAGCUUUAGUUCUAAACACUGGUGAUGGCCUUUCAUUAAUAAAUUGUUUCUCAGGAAAAGGAAGGGAAAGUUUUCUGUUGUUUCAGGGUGUAGAGAAAUUUGGUGGAUAUUUCAUGGGGAAACCCCAGAAGGAGGAUAUGGAUGCUAGAGAAUACCAAAAAUGUGAUGUCCUUAUAACCAUGUUGGUUUUAAAGCACGGAGGACUAACAACCAUGGUUAAUGUUUUGGCUUUUAAAAAAUAAUUUUAAUUGUCUAUAUACUGGCCAGACUGUAAGCCUUAUAUCAUUCUGACAGCAACAUUAUGAAGACUUUACUGCAGUCUGGCAAUUAUUUACCAAAUAUUGACUCAACAUCAGCAUUGCCAAAUACUUUUGCAAAGAAGUAAAAUGUAUAGCCUCGUUCUAAAGAGCUUUUUGGUUUUGGUUGGAAGAGAAUACUUAGAAUUAGCCACGUAGGUAGAGCAGUAUAAGUUGGUGUCAAAUUUAUAUCAAAGAUAGCAAAAGAAAAAAGUUACUGCGAACUAGGGCACUUGAGAAUGUCCCAUAGAGAAGGAACAAGUUAAGGUGACCCUUGGGGACCUCACAGUUUAAGAAAAUUCAUAAAUAGUUAAUUCAUAAAAAGUUAAAAGCAUAUCAUUAAGUUAAUAAUUGUAAUUAAUAAUGAAAACUGAUACCAAGCACAAAUUGAUGCAGUAACAAAGAAGUUAUGCAGGUGACCAUCUUUUUUUUUUUAAGGAAUUCAGAAAAAGAAAACUGUCUCGUAAUGGUUUCAGGCUACCUUGGAAAGGGCAAGGUUUUGAGAUUAAAAGGUCCAGUAAGACCUUGCUCUGUAUCAACUGUUGAUAUAGGGAGAAACUUGUUUUAAACAAUCCUGACAUGUAUACCCUUUGACCUGAGCUGUUCAGCACCCCCUGAGACUUACUUAGACAAGUGGACUCAUCUAGAUUCCAGAGAGAAACACUGACAGUAUUCGAGUUCUCAUCUUUGCCAGCCCCACUGUGGAGGUACUACCUCUAGGUCCUCCCUGUCUUUGAAGGCACAUGUAGCAGCAUCCACAAAGGGCAUGCUUACCUCCCAGAAGUCACCUCAGGAUUUGGACAGUAACUCCUGGGAGGACCUUGAGACACACAGACUGAAGCAAAUGACAAGCAGGAAAGAGAGCUAUUUAGUUUUUUGUUUAUUGGUAUAUGUAAAUUUAGAAUACACCUAUUCCAUCAUUAGUAGAGGCUUUGCUUUGGCUGAUAAUGGAUUCUGAUGCACUUUGAUGAUUUAGGUUUUCUUGGAAAUUAAAGACCAAAAUAUUAAUGAUUUAGGCAAAUAGACUAUUCAAUUUAUUAUUCUGAUUUUGUGAAAACAAAUUAUUAUCAUAGAUGAGGUAUUAGAAUCUAUUACAGGUUGUAACAAAAAAAACCUCAUGUUCUUUAAAGAUUAUAUCUAAUUAGAUUAUAUCUAGUGUUCCUCCAGCUAAAUUAUUAUGUUCAACAUUUUGAAAAUUGAUUGGAAGUAUUUUUAAGACCUGAUACUGAAAACAUUUCUCUGUAUUUAUCAUUUUGUGUUAUGUAUAUAUAAUUCUAAUAAGAUAUUGUUUGUUCCAGUUGUCUCUGUUUGCUUUUCCUGCAGAGUUUUAACUUGUGUGCUAUUGAUUUAAUGUAAUUACACCUUGUAGCUAUGUAUAAUAGAAAAAGGAAGUUAGUAUUUGUUAUUGCGUUCUGUGCCAGGAACUGUAUCAAGACCUUCUUGUCAAUGCCUCACGACUUCGAGAUUUAAGAACUGAUAUAAAGAUCAGAGAAUAAAUUAUUUUCCUAAGAUUUCAUAGGUGGUGAUAAUGGAAUCAGGAUUUUAACUCGAGUGCCAGCAUCAAUAAUAUGACCUUCCUGGUACUGGUCCUCUAAGCAAGGUCUGUGGACAAAAGCAUCACCAUUACCUGGGAAAGCAAAUUUUGGGGCUUCAUCCUGAUCUCCUGAAUCAGAAACUCUUGAAUGUGGACCCAGCAAUCUGUGUUUUAAAUAAUCCAAGUGACUCUGAUCCCCACUGAGUUUGAGAUUCACAGCUCUGUGCUGAUGCGUUCUGCCUUUUGUCAAGUAGAAUCACCUGGAACACUGGUAAAAGUCUUUAUGCCCAGGCUACAGAUCAAAUUAAACAGGACUCUCAGGCAGCAAUAAAAUAAAGUUCAUCAGAUGAUUCCAGUAUGCAAGCUCAUAAACAUUCUGUGGCAUUUAAACCUGAUGAUAUUUACAUUCAAUUACAUAGAGACAUGGCUGCAGCUAAAAUUAAGAACUUCAGAGCCCAGCUCUUGGAGCUCUUCCUCAAGUAUAGACAUGGAGUAAAAAAGUGGAAUAUUCCUUCACUCCUGAUUUGUUAAGAACUGAUAGACCUCCAGCAAAGUGUAUUAUUAGUGUGCUUAAUUUGGUGCAUGUAUUAAAUUAGAACUGAAUCACAGAGGAUUGAAACUAAAAGGAAAACAGAAAAAAAUAUAGGAUGGAUCUAUAGAAGAGAUGAGAAAGCCAAGGUGCUCAGAGAUGAUGUAACUUAGCCACAAUCAGACUUAGUCUGUUAUAGAAGUGCCCUGUCUCAUGUUUCUGUCUUAAAUAUAUGCACUUUCUGAACAUUUAAAAAAUUAUCUCCAUCCACUUUCAUCUUGGUUUGGGCUUUGAAUAAAGACAAAAAAAAAAAAAAACUGAUCAACAACUGAAGAGUAUUGCAACCAUCAUGAUUGGAGUGGAGAGAUUCCACCGAACAAUCUGAGACAAAGGCCUAAUAGCAAAUUCAAUCAUACGAGUUCUUCUGAGAUUCAUUCCAGUAGUUGUAAACCAGAGACUUUUUUUUACAGUAAACAUUGUUAUUUAAAAAUUUAUUUGAAUAUUUAAAAAUAUAUUUAAAGAAAUCAACCAACUUAAGGAAGUAUAGUCUGUCAGAUAUGUAUAGAAGUAGAGUUCAUGGGCCGGCGCCAUGCUUAACAGGCUAAUCCUCCGCCUUGCGGUGCCGGCACACCGGGUUCUAGUCCCGGAUGGGGCGCCGGAUUCUAUCCCGGUUGCCCCUCUUCCAGGCCAGCUCUCUGCUAUGGCCCGGGAAGGCAGUGGAGGAUGGCCCAAGUGCUUGGGCCCUGCACCCGCAUGGGAGACCAGGAGAAGCACCUGGCUCCUGCCUUCGGAUCAGCGCAAUGUGCUGGCCGCAGCGGCCAUUGGAGAGUGAACCAAUGGCAAAGGAAGACCUUUCUCUCUCUCUCUCUCUCACUAUCCACUCUGCCUGUCAAAAAAAAAAAAGAAGUAGAGUUCAUGUAGUUUCAUAUAGAUCUAGUAAACAUUCUAGUUAGUUUUAAAGGUAUUUUAUCUUUGGACAGAGGAGCAUUUUUUCCUUCAUUCAGCAAAUGUAACUCAUGAGUGCCAACUAUGUGCCAAGUGCUGGACAGAUAAAGAAAAAUAAAAUAGUCAUUCUGAGCUCAGCAUCUGAAAAUGGGAGAAUAUUUGUGGAUAAUCUUGAUGCUAAGAUAUUUUUUCCUCACAUCUAGAAGUAGAAAUUGAAUUCUGAAAUUCUGCCUCUCACCUAAAAUAGGUGUAAUGUUGGCUGCUAUCUAGAAUAAGUUUUUGCUUUUCCUCUUUUAACUGCAGAUCUCUUUAAGACCAGCACCAAUUUCAAAAGGUCAAUUAAGAGACAGUAUUUUAAGGAAUUCUGUUCUGAUUGGAGGCACAUUCUUGACUGCGAUAGUCUCUUGUAUUUCUGAUGUCUGCUUACAGAAUGCACAGCACUUGAUCUGCUUACCUAGUGCACUUGAUAGCAUAAAAACCUGUAUUAGAGGAAAGCAUUGCUGCUUCUGAGAAUCAAGUUGUAGCAAAUACUAGCUCCUGUUUCUAAAAGUUUUCUUCACUGUUCACAUUUUGCUUUUACAGGGGGAAAAGGGAAGGAGAGAGGCCUGAAGUAGGUUUUCUUUUUUUAAAAGAUUUAAAUAUUUAUUUGAAAGAGUUACAGAGAGGAGAGACAAAUUUUCCAUCCACUAGUUCAUUCCCUAAAUGGUUACAAUGACCAGGGCUAGGCCAGGCUGAAGCCAGAAGCUUCUGGGUCUCCCAAGUAGGUGCAGGGGCCUAGGGACUUGGGCCAUCGUCCACUGCUUUCCCAGGUGCACAAGCAGGGAGCUGGAUUGGAAGUGGAGCAGCUGGGACUUGAACUGGUGCCUAUAUGGGAUGCCAGCACUGUAGGCCGCUGAUUAACCCACCGCACCACAGCACUGGCCCUAGUAAACAUUUUCGAAGGCAAGUUAAUCAUUAGCCUAAAAUCAUUUACAGAACGUUAUAUUUGCUAUAAUCAUUAAAUUCAUUGACUAAUUACUGGAAAAUGGGAUGAUCCUCUUUCCUUGUUUACAGGUUUGCAAGUGGAGAUACUAAGUUGAAUCUCAUUUUAGUCCUAUAUCUGAAAUACUGAUUUGACUAUGAAUCUUUAUUACUUGAUAUAUGUGCAUUUUACUUCCAGGUUAUGUUGUUUGUAGUAAGAUUAUCAUUCUUUUGAGCCCUACUUUGUAUUGAUUCCUUUCUACUUUGUUUCUAAAGUCAAAUUGCAUCCCUAGAUAUAAAUAGUAGUCAGUUUCUAAGAUCAAAUAAAUGCCCUAUGGCAACUUGGAAGACAAGUGUGUGACACAAUACCAUAUAAUCUAGAGAAUAUCACUACAGAUUAAAUAUGGUAAAAGAGCCAUCAAAAUCCAUUAUAAUUCCUCUUAAACUUUUACUAUUUGAUACCAGUUACAGCAGAUGAGAUAAAGUAUAUCUAAAUGUAACUAGCCAAUAUUAGCAUGCAAUAAAAACUUGUUGAAUUUGUCA